UUGUUUUUCAGUUAAAAAUAAAGUCUCAUUAAUACAUUUAGCCCUCUCUACUGAUACAUAUCAUUAGAAGCAGCUCAUACUAGCACUUAAUGUCGAAAAAACUAUUUUCACAGCACGCAAAAGAAGAGGCCGACGUCAACGAGGACUAUUCUAAAGCAGCCAUUCCACUUAGUAAAACAAAACCAGAUCUUGUCAAUGGAAUUCCACUGUCUGGAGAAGACUACCUUUUGGUCGUACGUCAACAAGCGAAACAAUGUGCUCAAACUGUAGUGGCAGAGCGCCCAAAAAAUGUUAAAAAAGUUCAGCUGCCUCCCCAUCUUCAAAUGCUCUUACAGGAUAAUACGUCAAUAAGCACAGUUGAGCAUGCUUCUGAAGUUUGGCGAAAGGGAUAUGGUGUCGUUUUCAAAUCCUAUCAGUCAUAUAUGCAGAAGCAAAGAAACUGCAUGCCAACAACACGAAAAGAAUUGAACUCUAUAAACGAGGCAUACAGCAUACUUUAUUCAAAUGGAGAAAACGAAUGUAGUAUUACUGAUUUUGCUCCAUCGCUGACUCAGCACGAUAUCCUUCGUUUGCUAAAGUAUCACUGUCAGUGGUUGAAACUUCAUGACAAUAUUGAUUUGAAGUGUAAAUGGAUUUUUAGUCUAUUAGUUUAUCUCGAUCCUGUUUUAACAUCAAGUAACAUGACCAUUUUGAGAGAGUUAUCGAGAGAAUGUGGCAAACUCAGAUCAGAACUAUCAGAGACACAUGAAGCGCCAUUAAAUACCAUUAUUACAAUUAUAGCUGUAGCUUUUGGUCAAGCAGACCUUCUCUAACAUAGAAAAAAAAAAACGGGCUGCAAAGAUCAUUUAUACCCUAUGUAUCUUGUACAUAAAUUGUCGUAAAUAAAUUCACAGGGUGUGGCCAACGUUGUAGGCUAAUGUAUAUCCGAGCUUUAAAUUAUAUAUAAUACUUAAAGUGCUGUCUCAUCAAUAAACAAUUACCAACUCAC